AAUGUUUUUAUUUUAUUGAGCUUAAAUAUCUUAUUUUAACACAAUAAAAAAUAUUAGUGACAAUUAACGAGUUCUUCUCGUAGUGAGGUUUAAAAUGAAAGUGUAUUAUAGUCGUAAUGGCUAUUUUUUGUCGCAGGUUUUAUUACAAGUAUGGAAAGUGCUUAUUGAUAACAAUUUUGAUAGCAUUUUUUGCUCAAAUUCUCAUCGCUAUUAAUUAUUUCCCGUCUGCUAAUGAUAACUUACUGUACAAUGCACACAAAUCUUCUGCCAAGCAAGAGUUGGGAGACGUUUCGGCUCGAAAAAUUGGACCGGGUUUCGACGAUGACGAAGAUUUCCCGGCGAAAGCCAAGGCUGAAAAUAAACCUGUCGCCCAUUUGCGGGUAGAAGAACUAGAUUUUAAACCAAUUUGCGAGAUAAGAAGUCGAGAAGCGAUAUCUGCUAUUCACAGGGCCAAGACACAAUCUUGUAAGGAACAGAUAGUUAAUAAAACUUGCUUGAUUCAGGGUGGAAGUUUUUACCCUAGAUCAUUACCAAAUAAUUGCCAAGGCAAAGGUAUGACUUAUGGAAAACAUUUAGGUUGUUACCAAGAUGAGAAGAAGCUGAGAAUACUUUCUAGUUUUUAUGGGAACUAUGCUAACACUAAUUCUAGGGUGGCUUGUUUGGAUAUCUGUGUACAAGCAGGAUUUCCUUAUGCCGGAGUUCAAUAUGCUUCAGAAUGUUUUUGCGGAGAGAAUGUUCCUUCUGCUUCAGCCAAGAUUUCUGAUGCUGCCUGUGACAUGAAAUGUCCUGCUGACCCCUCCAGUACCUGUGGUGGCUAUUUUACAAUGAAUGUGUUUGAAACAGGACUUGCUAAAUUUAAUUCAGUUACUCCAGCAGUUUCAAGCAGCACCAAUGAGCCAGUCAGAAUUAUAUUUCUUUUGACAUUAAAUGGACGCGCGUUACGACAAGUACACAGACUAAUCAAUGCUCUCUACAGAACAAGUCACUAUUUCUACAUACAUAUUGAUGCGCGCCAAGAUUACUUGUUCAGAAAACUGUUAGCACUUGAAAAACAAUUCUCAAAUAUCAGAUUGGCCAGAAACAGAUUUUCCACCAUUUGGGGUGGAGCAUCUUUGCUUACUAUGCUUUUAACAGCUAUGAAAGAUAUUAUAAAUUUAGGUUGGCAAUGGGACUUUGUAAUCAAUUUAAGCGAGAGUGACUUCCCAAUCAAAUCUUUGGAAAACAUGGAAAGCUUCCUAGCUGCUAAUAAAGGUCUCAAUUUUGUCAAAUCUCAUGGAAGAGAGGUACAAAGAUUUAUUAAGAAACAAGGACUGGAUAAGACUUUCAUUGAAUGUGAAACUCACAUGUGGCGUGUAGGCGAAAGGAAAUUACCAAGAGGAAUAAUCAUUGAUGGUGGAAGUGAUUGGAUAGCAUUGUCCCCUGAAUUUGUCUCUUACAUAAUAGGUGAACAAGAUGAACUGCUGGCCGGAUUAGACAUCGUUUUUCAGCACACCCUUCUACCAGCUGAAUCAUUCUUUCACACUGUUUUAAGGAAUUCUCAUUUUUGCAAUACUUAUGUCGACAACAACUUGCAUGUGACCAAUUGGAAAAGGAAAUUAGGCUGCAAAUGUCAAUACAAACAUGUGGUCGAUUGGUGUGGAUGCUCUCCUAAUGACUUCAAGACUGAAGACUGGCCAAGAAUUCAGAACACUCAAGACAGACACUUAUUUUUUGCAAGGAAAUUUGAGCCUAUUAUUAAUCAGGAAAUUAUUACUAGAGUUGAAAGUUUUAUUGGAUUAAAUGACCAUCACCUAAUACAACAUUUGGAAGCUUACUGGCAAAGCAUUUACAACACAGAUGAUCUAACAGCUAGUACUGACGACACCCUAUUAACGCAUGCUGAAAGCAUAAUUCGACAGAAUGCGAAAAUUCUACUUGAUAAGGGGUGCUCGUUAGAUACUGAUGAGAUUAUUGAAAUAAACACGUAUAACUUUGCAGAUGUAUAUAAAGGAAAUCUGAUAUUACAUAAAGUAUUUACGGAAAAUGGAGAAAGCGUGUUGAUGGAGACUUGGUAUAAGCCACAAAAACAUUUAGAAUUAAAUUUUGAAAGUAGUUAUGUAGACAAUGUUAAAAUAUUUAAAGUAAGCUCACAGUAUGACCAAAAAGAAAUGAUUUUUAGAAAUUUAGGUUCCAUUUUGGGUCCUCUAUCUGAACCAAAUUUGUUGUAUCGGUUUGCACCUCACUUUGACAAGCAGUUUGAAAAUUUAACUGUUCUUUGGAUGGAUCCCGCGGGGUUAAUUGCGGAUAUUAAUUACAUCCACCUAGAAGAGAAUAAUCUUACCAAUUUUAUCAAACCCAGCCUCAAGGUGCCACUGUUGCCUGGAGUUUGGAAAGUUGGUCUUUUUGGAAGUAAGUCAAAUUUAAUAGCAUUAACAAAAUUCCUGAUUACACCAUUACAGUAUUUUUCGGGGAAAGAACUUUCUCACCAAGAAGCAAAUAUAAUACACAGUGGGUCACAGAGUGCUUAUAAAAACUUUUCCCACAUAAAGCCUAUUAACUUUUUGCCUGGGCCUGAUGACAGUUUAUUGUUACAAAAAAUUUCUUCUUCCAAUACCAAAAGAAUACAGCAGGAUUUGAGAGAGUGGAUAGAUGGAUUAACUUCAGACUUUUACAAUGUUUUAGGUUCAUGUGUAGUAUCAACUCGUAAUAGUCCUGACAAAAAGUUUAUUUGUGGUAAGCAUUCAUUUGAAUACUGCAAAUCCACAGAAUGGAGCUCCUUGUCGCCAGAUCCUAAAGGGUCUAUAGGUAAAUUAAACAUUAAGACUGGUUGCCUGGAAAGGGUAUGACGAAUAUAAAUACUUAACCAGAUUGAUAAAUGAGUGAACGUAUGACGAAAGUACUAUGAGUUGUGACGGUAUAAAUCGGUUAUGGUUGUUAGUAAAAUAUUUGUUUUAAUAUGUUUUUAAAGUCGUUAGUUAUAUUGUAAUUAAGCAUUAGGUGGGUCAGAGACACCAGAAAGGAAGAGCUUUGCUCGUUCUACCUACCUUCUACAUUCUGGUAUGUGGACUGUAUGUUGUAAAACGCAAUAUUAGAAGCGACGACAAAGCUUGUAGAAUUAAACCAAGCUAACUCUGCAGCGAAUUUGAUAGCCUAGAGCGUGGAAGUGUUAUCAUAAACGUCAAAUGUCUAUGAAAUUGUGACGUUUAAAACUACACUUCCACACUCUGUGCUAUCAAAUUCGUCGCUGCAGAGUUAGCUUAGUCUAACUCGACGAUAUUCCCCGUAUUGACCUCAAUUAUAAGAGGUAAAUUCCAUUAUAGUUUAUUUAUAUAUAUAAAAAAAUCUUAACUACCGUGAUCAUAAACAUGGUCUGCUAUCCCAAUUCAUUCAUUUAAAGCCUGUUAUGGUAACAUUGGUUUAUUGAUUUAUGAUGAUCUGAUUUAUAACGCCACUUUAACUUACAGACUACCUACUAAACUGCCUAUUAGUGAGAAAUGAAAUAAUUAUUAGGGCAAGUAUCUAGUUCGUUCAGUGAUAAUAAAAUUAUGUUCUGUAACAUAUUUCCAUAUUGAUCAUUUCUUUAGGUUGUAAAGUUGUAUAUAAUAGGUGUAAAGUUGUAUAAUGGGCGCCGGGUAGGACGACUAAGGGGACUGAGGAAGGUGCGGGCGGCGUACGCCUGCCGCCUUACCCCGGCGCCCACGUACCGCGCAGGCGAGGACUCAUUCUCUAUCUAUCCUAUCUGCCAUUACCAUAAACAGGAAACUCAAAUUUGUUUAAGUAUAUUAGUUACAUAGUAUUCUAAUUUUGAGACAUUUUGUUUACAGCAAAAGGGACCUUAAAGGCAAAACUGUUAAUAAUUGAAUCAUUAAAUAUAUACCACGCAUAACCGUAACAAACAUUGGAAAACCCACCAUAUUGUCGCGCAAUAAAUUCCAUUCAAACUGGUUUUUCAAUGGCUGUUAGGGCCCAUACGCACCUUUUUUACAUUUAACCUAUACGCGCUUAACCACCAACUGACCAGAGGGUCUACCGCGAAAACCGCAAUUCGCAAAUUGCGGGGAUCUUUCUCCAAUACUUUACUCCAAUAAAGGCGUAAUUAGAGUGACAGAGAAAGAUGCACGCAAUUUGCGAACUUCGAUUUUCGCGGUUAUAGCCCAGUAGGUAUAGAAUGGCGGCACGCGGGCACGCUGCCGCGGUUGCAACACUUGCAACUGCAAGUGUACGUGGCCUUAUGCGUGGCGGGGCAGAGAAUGUAGAUAGAUAUGUGUAUGUACAUACUAUAUAAUGUUUGUUUAAUAACAAUAACGAAGAAAUGAGCUGCUUAAUUAGAUAUCGCCAUAAGAUCCCGUUUGAAUUAAUCAAUGUAUUUUUAUAGGCUAAUUAUUUUAAUAAACCAUGUUAAUUUGAUACAGUUAUUCAGCUUAGUUAUAUAUUGUUACUCUCAAAGUAUUCAGAUCAAACACCUAGUCCUAGUCCUAAGUUAAGUGGACGCAUUUUUAAUCUAGUCCGACGCACUAAGGGUGCAGUCACACUGGGACGUUCACCGAAUGUGGCCGUCGAAUCAAAGUAUGAUUUUGCCAGGCAACCGACAUCGUUUUAUUUUCAUGCGGCAAACGACCCAGUGUGUAGGUAAUAGAGAUACAUAGAAUAAGGUAUAUUCGGGUAAUUACGAAUAUUUAAGAAACUUCUGAUUGAUGGCUUAUUAUAGGAAAAUAAAUCUAAUAAUAUAGAAUCAUUGGUGCUUCUCGGAAUCACCCGAAUACACCUUACUUAUGAUGUGCUAUAUGACAAUAUGUAAAAUUGGGUAGCAUUUUUGUCCUAUUACUAAGUAAAUCGUUUCCUAUUAUUUUUAAUAAUGAAAUUAAGGAUGACUGUUCGAACGAAACGAAAAUGUUUAUUUGUGUAUAACUGAUAAGUGAUAAAACUAUAAUUUCAAAUAUACUUCUGUGUCAUUAGGGUUCACUUUGUUAUUCUUGUUUGCAUAAGUACAUAUUUGCGUUACAGAUUGUGAAUAUAAUGUUUGAUGUUUAUUUGUCUCCGUUCACGUCCAUCUCACAAAUAGUAAAAUGUUCGGGCGACUACCUAGAAUAGGUACUGAAAUUCGAAGAUCGUCUUUCUCCAUCUCUUUCGCACUUCUUUUAAUGCAUUGGAAUAAUUUCUAUGAAGAUACACUAAAAAGUUUCGAUGUAAAGUUCCGUUGUAAUACGCGUCGCCAAAUUACCCCUUUAAGGGCCUAUUUGCCUCUAUCGUCCAAAUAAGUAAGAGCGAUAGAGAUAUUUAACGGAAUUUCUAUUUUCACUGCAGUCUCAGCCUCGCAACUCAAUCAAAAAUAGCUAAGUGAAUUUUCGGCAUUACAAAAAUAAGCCUUGUAAUCCUUAUCCUUAAUUUAUGGGCCGGGUAUGUUAAUGUUUAAUAAAACCAAUAUUAUUUUA